AUGUACUUAUCUGGCGGAGCUCGGACUGCAGUCACCAACAACCAGACCAGGAUCCCCGAUGUGCUGGAAAAGAUCAAAACUGAAUUCGAACAGCUGUCGCAAGAGACAAGUUUGCUUAAGAACCAGCGUGAUGAAUUCCAGAGGAUCCUGCAAGCACAAAAGGAAGAAAUGAAUCAGAUGCAGCAAAUCAUUCAAGAUUUCGAUUCUAAGCAUCAAUCGAUCAAACGACAGUAUGAAGAAGAAAUAGCAUGGCUCCGACGUCAGAUUGAAGCCUCUGGAAAUGUAGUUCAACCGCGCAAAGAAGUCCCGAACGUUGUGUCGUCAGGAAUUGUGAAACAAGAACCUGCUAUACAUUCAACUGCUCUGCCGACCUUGGCAAGCCUGGGACAAGCAGUACCACACCUUGGCAUUCUAGUAACCAGAACUGUUGUAGGAGCUGCUCAAACAUCAGAUCCAUCCAAGGCGGUGGACUCCAAAGGCCGUCAGCUCGACGACUGGAAUGUUGUGCACAAUCCGAAUGCCACGAGCAAGAUGCACAUCGAGCUGUGUCACACGCUGGAGCACGACUCAGUGGACGAAGGGCCUGUGCUCAUCCUGCAGGGACACUUGAACUCAGUGAUCUCGGUGGCUCACUCACCGUCGUCGUUUGUGUUCGCUACAGGCAGCGGGGACAAGAGGGCGAGGAUCUGGAAGUAUCGUGUGACAGACAACUGA